CAGAGGGUUCAACCAUCAAAGUGGGCACAGCUACCCAGUCGACAUGGUGGACACCCAGCAGCUCCUGGCCUGGCCCGUCGGCUUCAGCCUGAGCGCCGUGGAGCUGUCAGAGCUGGGCGACGGCUCCCACUCCCUCGACAUGAAGCAUUUGUCCACGCUGGACUACGCCUCCAUCUCCUCCUCCCCCUCCAUCCCGUCCUCCCUGUCUCCCCCGCUUGCAUCCUCCAUCUCCUCUGCCGGCUUGGCCUACGACCCCAGCCCGUGUCAGGGCGAGGAACAGCUGACCCACAUGGACUACGCCAACAUGCACAGCUACAGAAUGGAGCCAGACACGCACAAUUUGAUCAAGCUGGAGCCGGCGUCGCCUCCUCAGUACUCUGACAAUCACGUGUUCUCCAAGCUCCAGGACGAAGCGUCGCCAGCCGCGCUAAACAUCGAGUGCCGCGUGUGUGGGGACAAAGCUUCAGGCUUUCACUAUGGCGUCCAUGCAUGUGAGGGCUGUAAGGGUUUCUUCAGACGGACAAUCAGGUUAAAGUUGGUGUACGAUCACUGUGAUCUGCACUGUCGCAUUCACAAGAAGUCCCGCAACAAAUGCCAAUACUGUCGCUUCCAGAAGUGCCUCAAUGUCGGCAUGUCACACAACGCCAUUCGUUUUGGCCGAAUGCCCCAGGCCGAGAAGGAGAAACUGCUGGCUGAGUUCUCCUCGGACGUGGUGCACAUGCACCCGGAGGCAGCAGAUCUGAGGGCUUUGUCCCGGCAUCUGUAUGAAGCCUAUCUGAAAAACUUCCCCCUCACCAAGGUCAAGGCCAGGGCCAUCCUCUCUGGGAAGACCGGAGACAACGUGCCUUUUGUCAUCCAUGACAUGAAGUCUCUAAUGGAGGGAGAGCAGUUUAUUAAUUGUAAGCAGAUACCCAUCCAGGAGCAACACUCAUCCGCCCUCACAGCAGGACUUGAAGAAAUCAUAGGAGCUUACCAGGGUCCAGAGUACGGCUUUCUGGGAAUGGGAAUGAACGUGAGCGGACAGCCUCCGCCAGACGCUUUGGAGCUGCGUUUCUUCCACAGCUGUCAAUCACGUUCAGCCGAAGCGGUGAGAGAAGUGACAGAGUUCGCCAAGAGCAUCCCAGGGUUCAUCGAUCUGGAUCUCAAUGAUCAGGUGACUCUGCUGAAGUAUGGUGUGAUCGAGGUCCUAACUAUCAUGAUGGCGCCUCUGAUGAACAAAGACGGGACCCUUAUCUCCUACGGGCAGAUCUUUAUGACUCGCGAGUUCCUCAAGAGCCUCAGGAAACCUUUCGGUCAAAUGAUGGAACCAAAGUUUGACUUCUCAGUCAAAUUCAACAUACUCGAGCUGGACGACAGUGACAUGGCUCUGUUUCUGGCUGUCAUCAUCCUCAGCGGGGACCGCCCGGGCCUGCUGAACGUGAAGCCCAUCGAGCAGCUCCAGGAGACGGUGCUUCACUCGCUCGAGCUGCAGCUCAAGCUAAACCACCCAGACUGUCUGCAGCUGUUCGCCAAGCUGCUCCAGAAAAUGACCGACCUGCGUCAGAUCGUAACCGACCACGUCCACCUCAUCCAGCUGCUGAAGAAGACGGAAGUGGACAUGUGCUUACAUCCGCUGCUGCAGGAGAUCAUGAAGGACUUGUAUUAGAAUUCAACGGGAGAAGAGGACGAGUUGAGAAAGUGGAAUGAAAAAGAGGAUUAAGAUAUUUCAUUAUCAAAGCUAUAACUUGUGAAAUCCUAAUGAUAAAGUACUUUGUGCUGCUGGUGUGUUGAAAUAAAGGGAUGUAGCCAGACAGGCUGACUGAAAUUGAGAAAGAGAUGAGGAAGAACAGCAAAAGAGAAAUCGAGGGCAGAAAGACAGAGUCUGACUGUUCCAUCUUGUCUAGACAGCAGCAGCUGAAUAACCCGGCUGAGCCCGGACACUUGGUGAACGAGCGGGCGGCCGACUUAAAUACGAAAGCACCAUUAAUCACGACGAGCGUCCGUGACUACCUGAUCAGCCUGCUUCAAGUGCCUUCAGGAGAAAUCACUGUGAAAUAUCUUUACACCAUGUGUUACACAUGUCACGUAUGCUCUGUUCACGUGCAGCUUAUCUACAUGUUGCGUUACAACCGACCAUAGGCAGCAGCAGUGUGUGUGUGUGUGUGUGUGUGUGUGUGUGUGUGUACUUCAAAACCUCUGUGAACACACACAAGUGCAUGAACGCUCACCCACGCACACACACGAAACAACGUUUUGGCAUCAGGGGGGAGGUGCUAUCUCUUUUUAAUCAGCUUUACACAAAGACAGAAAUCAGAUUAUUGCCUCUAACAUAUUUGAGUCUCGGCCGGCUGCAGAAACUGUGAGAAAGUGUGAAGCCAACAUAAGGCCCAUUACCAUGACGAUGAAACCGUACACGCCGGAUUCUUCCUUAUAGGAUUGCCGAUUGACUCAUUUUUUGAUGUGUAAUUCAUGCCAUCUAAAAAAAGAUAUAUUACACAUGUAUAAUGUACAAUAUAUGUUCAUGUGUAUUAUUUUUGUAUGGAUGAAUUGUCUGCCAAACGCUUUUCAGCUUUGUUUUAUUUGAAAAUUCUUAAUAAGUGGUCGAGUUAUAAUGUUUGCCAUAAAAUUAUUUUUUAUCCAUGCGUCUGAUCAAUCAGAUUUUGAUAAAACCACAGGGGGGAUGUUGUAAAUAAAAUAUUUUCUAACUUUUAUUGGAAA